AUGCCGAGCUUCUGCCCCAAAUGCGGGGACUUUGUGGAAGAGGACGCGUGUGGGAAGUGCGGCGAGAAGGCGGUGACGACCCAGGAGAACCCGUGGAAGGCAGCGUCAAAGGAGCCGGGAGGCGACAAAAUGAGUGUCCCGGCAGUGCCCACGGCCUUCACAGCGGCAGCACGUAUCAAGAUGAUGGGGGUGCAGCCUGUACCGGAGCCUGCGCGCAAGGAGCAGGCAAUUGCUCGCUUCAACUUCGUCCCACAGGAUACCAGCACGCAAUUGGCGUUGUCUAAGGGUGACGAAGUGGACGUCGUGCGGAAGGACAACGAUGGCUGGUGGUUCGUCAUAAAGGACGGCGAGAAGGGCCUCGUUCCCGGCUCGUAUCUGCACAUUGAGAACCCAAUUAUCCCCGUCACGGAUGCUGCGAUCUUAGCAGCCCGUGAAGCCUCCAAUCAGCGAUUCAUGGAGCUGCAGCGUACCACUGGAGGCGCCGGACAGAGCGCAGAGGCAGGCGUGGAGUACCAGUCGCCGCUGGGCUUGGAAGCUCUUGCCAUUGCCGACUCGUGUGCCCCCAAACCGCCCAAUGGACCUGCGCGUGGUGCAGAUGCCAAGUCUGGAGGCACAGAAUUUAAACCUGGCGAGGUGCGCAAGCUCAGGAAGUGCUACGCAUGCAAGGAGACCAUUCUGGGCCGCACGAAGGUGUGCAAGGACCAGAUUUUCCACGAGAUCUGCCUGUUAUGCAAAGGAUGUCGCGAAUCCAUCGAGGAAGACGAGGAUUUUACGCUCAUUAAGAAGAAGGCGUACCAUGCGGACUGUGCCAAGGACGUUAACCACUGUUUUGUGUGCGACAAGGAGAUUCUGGGUCGGGUGUACCGCGCUGGUGAUGGCGCUUUCCACAAGCUUUGUAUGGUGUGCUCUGUGUGCAACAAACAGUCGAAGGAAGCAGGAGCUAAGCUAGAGAACGACCUCCUAGUCUGCGGCGAGUGUGUUGCGGAGAAGGAGAGAAAGGAGAGAGAGGAGAGAGAAGCGGCGCUGGAACGGGAGCGGGCUGCGGCGAAGGCCAAGGCGGAAAAAGAAGCUGCUCUUGCGGCGGCCAGAGCGCUGGAGGAAGAGAAGGAGCGGAAAGCGCAGGAGGCACAGAAAGCGGCUGAGGAGGCUGCACGUGCAAAGGCGAAGGCGGAGGCUAAAGCGGCUGCAGCUGCGCGUGCACAGGCAGAGCAAGAGGCAGCAGAGGCUGUGGCAAUCCAACGAGCUGCUGCUGCUGCUGUGGCGAAGGGCAAUGGACGAUCGGGAACGGAUAGCUUGCGAUCUAGCACGUCAAACCUUGACGAAUUUGACCUCGAGGCCACGCCUAUCGAUAUGUCGGGCCACAAUGGACGGAUCUCUGAAGUAUCGGACAUCGAUUCACUGCUUAGCGACGGCGAUUACGCUGGAUACAUGGGCAAUGGUCAAAGGGAAUCACUGCGCUUGUCGGAGGUGCUUGACCUCGAGUCUUUCGAUGAAGAUCGCUUGUCAGACCUAAGCGGCAUCUCAGAAGGAGCCGGUGAACGCAGUAAGCAGCGGCGUUCGACGGUGGAGAGGACCGUGAAUGAGAACGCAGAGACGUUUUCGGAAGACGAAGACGAUCGCGAAUUGUGCGGCGGCUGUGGUCUUGUAUUGGAAGGAGAAGCAGUCGGAGCCUUGAACCAGUAUUUCCACUACGAGUGCUUCAAAUGCAGCUACUGUAGCCGUGUUAUCGCUGAAGAUGAUGGCUACGCAGAGAAGGAUAACCAGGCAUUCCACCAAGGAUGCUAUCAGGCUCGCUUCGGCAAGAAGUGCCACCGAUGCGAGAAGGUGCUUAAGGGAAAAGUGGUCAAGGCUCUGGACCAUCUUUACCACCCGGACUGCUUUGUGUGCUAUCAAUGCAGCGCCUCCCUUUCAGCAGAGAGUUUCUUCGAACACGAAGGCCAAGCGGUUUGCGCGAAAUGCAAACACGAGGCAAUUGCGCUGGAUGAGCCCAGCCUUUCAGAGAACAUGGCCCCAGUGGCCAAGGGUAUUGCUGGCUAUCGAUUCGACGCCCAGGAUGACACACAAUUGACUAUUUAUCCUGGCGACGAAGUCACUAUUCUCCAGAAGGACGAUGAUGGCUGGUGGCUGGUGGAUCUGCGAAACAAGCGUGGUUACGUACCAGGCUCCUACUUAAUCGAGCGCCCAAUCGAAGAGCCAAAGCCGCAGCCGAAGAAGAAAAAGAGUGCCUUCAAGAGUAAACCCAAGCGGAAGCCGGGUCUUUGCAGCUCGUGCUCGACGCAGAACCCAGCAGAAGCGCGUUUCUGCAGGAGCUGUGGUAACAAUCUGAUGGCCUAA